AUGACGCUGACGGCCAUCCAAACAGAAGAGCUCCCGCCGCUUGCUUCGUUCCUCUCGUCGGUGGCCCCGGGCAUCAACGAGCUCCACGAUAACAUUCACUUUACCCACGACUUCUCCAGCCCCAAAAUCCCCCAGGCAUUCUCAUGGCCACUAUCUUCUUCCAACUCCAUCCAAACCGCCCAAUUGACCCCCACGUACCUCAACGUGUCUCGCCCCGUGCUCAACCCGGGCCCUGGCCUCUUUGAAUCCAACACCUACGUGUCGUUGCCGUUCCACAUCACUAAUUUGUUCAACCAAAUUAUCGACACCAAGGCGAAUAAUACUCUUGAUGGAGGAAUGCAAAUAGGCGCCAACGUCGGGUCCAUGAUGCCCGACCCGUUUCACCUCGUGCACUUGAAUCCCGGGUGCCUCACAGAGAUCAUCGAGCUUAACAAUAAUCCCCGGUACACAAACCCAUUUGUCGAUUCUAACCGCCUGGACUCGAAGAACCCGUUCACCAAAUUGACGUCCAACUUCAAUAAGCUCUUGAAGAUCGCGGGUCCCGGCCACGAGGUGGCGGAUUCCAACUCGCUCUUCUCUGUGUUCGACUCGUUUACCGAAUUGGUUCCCGAAUUCUCCAACAAAAACCAGUUGGUGUUCAACAAGUUGCUUGCGUUCAACGAACUGUCGUACUACAACGAGAUCAGCUCCGUCAACACCAGCCGGUUGUUGAUUUCUGCAAAUGUCAACGUGGUAAGCAUCAUGGCCUUGGACCAAGACUACAACUACUUACACACCCAGUCGGUGACGUCCAGUAAGCCCUACACCUCGUUGCUUGAGAAGGCGGAUCAGGAACCAAAACUGUACCAAAAAGUGAUUGAAACCCCUCUCUUGCGAUUCAGUCUUAAGAACCACCUUGUGGUCACGUGCAUGAAGCUGUUUAACUUCAAUAACACCCCCUUGCUGGUGUUGGGCCUCAAUUCAGGAGAGAUAUUGGUGAUCAAUUUGAAGACCCUCACCUAUAAGCUCCUUUUGAGCAGCCAAAGAAUGGACUCCAAGUUCAACUCCAGCAUAAAAUACUCGUCCAACUUGACCAACACGCCAGUAACGUGUUUGGAUAUCCUCCACCACCCAGUCUACCAUUGUGUGUUUGUGGUAGGAACCUCCAGCGGUGAGGUGCUUUUCGUCAACCCAUUUUCGAGUGACAUUGCCAAAUACACCAAGACUAUAGUGGAUAAGGACCAGUUUGUGACUUACUUUAAGAAGUUUGAUUUGAGUCCCUUCAGCCCCAAAUACGAUGCUUCUGAGAUCAUUGGGCAUAUCAAGUUGAGCUACAAACCUAUGACAAGUAUAAGCUCCACCACAUCGUUUUUGAACAGCUACUCGGUCUCUUCACAUUUGAACCCCAUGCUCUUGGCGGUCGGGGCCGACGAUGGACUCGUGCGGUUGAUUUCAUUGACAUCUACAUCGGCCCAGAACUACGGGUCCAAUUCGAAGUCGGUAGUGCUGGACUUGAUUUCUAACUAUUUUCACUAUGGAAUUCGAUCCGUGACGUUUUCACCCGACUUUAAGUUUUUGGCAGUAGCAGGCAACGGCGAUUUGAUCGAAUUAUUCAGACUUGGCUACUAUAACGUCAACUCCUUGGUCCACAAAAACCACUCUCAAGGACUAACUUCUGGAGGAAGGAGAUCAAGAAGUACCACUGUGAAUAGUGCAUCGUCUGCGUCCAUUAAUCCUUCCAACAGUUUGAGCUUGUUCCUAUCGCCAACAGUGACGUCCCCGUCGGUUUCUCUUGAUGUCAACUCAGCCAAUCCUCCAGAAGACUCAAGCUUCUGUGUGCCUGCUGUCAAGGAUAUCCGGUUAAUGUGCCGAUUACGAGGCCAUGCCAAUACCAUUUCCCGGGUGCAGUUUAUACGUGAAGAACAGGUGUUUGAGUCUGAACUCGAAGACAAAAAGCCCAGCAGUUCGCUCUAUCGGUUGUUAAGCAUAGGAAAUGAUGGGAAGGUGCUAUUCUGGGAAUUCGACUAUAAGGCUUUACCAAAGGUUAAGCGGCCUGUGCUGUCAACUAAAUCCAAAAAGCCCUCUUCGGCACAAGCUGCUACACAUCUGCCUCUGUUUGUGAUGCUGCUGGCACCUCUGAAGCGUAAUCCCAAGAUGAAGUCAGGAAAAACGGACACCUCCUUGGGGUUACCGUUAUCCAACCUAAGCUCUCCAAGUGGCAGCCACAAUAACAUGAACAGUAUCUUGACACAGGCCGAUGGCAGUCAAGCUCCUCCCUCUCAUCUUGCAUCACAAGUGAACCUCGAAGAAGUUAUGUACGAUCAGAUAAAGGGGAUCUUGGGCCUCUACGGCUCUCUUUAUGAAAUCAGGUUUAAAAAACACUACACAAGCCUAAUAGGAAAGACUGACGAUUCCAGGUUAUCUCACUUUCUGAGUAUCGUUCAUCCUAUUGUGGAUGAUAAGUUGGUACCUUGUAUUGAAACCCCUGUCUCCUCAGUUGAUAUGAGCUACUGGUUCUCCAAUGGCCAAAUUUCGGGGGUUUGGGUGGAUGGAAGGUACUUUUGGUGCUUCGGAAGAAAUGGUGAUCUUAUCACAUACCAAAUCCUGGGACUUGAAGAAAACAACCGUCCUUUCAAAUAG